CCAUAUUUAUUUCGUUUUUCAUUCUCGGAAGAACUUUUCAUCGCCGCAAAAAUACUUUUUAACAGAUUGUCCUUUUAAUUAUUGAAUAUUUUCCAUAAAAAACACUCAAAUAUACACAAAACAUCGUAAUUCAACGGCGCAUUAUGUUAAUAAAUAGAAAUAAGCCAUAGUUUUCUCAAGAAAUCCAAUUGAAAAGAAUUCUCAUCCAAAUCCAACUCCAAAAGGUGCAUAGAAAAGCAAAACAAAAAAUAUUAGAAUAACCGAUAAGUGCGUGUGGUGUGAUUCAACAAAACAAAUUCCAUGAAAAAGAAAAUAGAAAUAGAACAAAAAAGAAUGUUGUGAAAUAAAAUUAAGUUAAAAAGUUGUAAGAAUUUUAAUAAAGUUGCUUUUAAAACUAAAAAAGCUAAGUACACAAUAUAAAUUUAGCGGCGUGGGAAGGUAAUCAUAUCACAGCUCAAAGUGGAUGCCCGGAGUAGCCUGGGUGUUCCCCAGGAUUAUUCAGGAAUGGUCGGCCUCGCUGGUGGUGGGCAUUUGUAUGCCAAUGUAUCGCCGCAGGAUACGAUCAUUGUUCGUGAAAUGAAUUCAAUGCCUCCGCCCCCGACUUCGGCGCCAACAUCCGCUGACGCAUGCUUGAGCAUUGUGCAUUCGUUAAUGUGUCAUCGGCAAGGUGGUGAGAGUGAAGGAUUCGCCAAACGCGCAAUAGAAUCUUUGGUCAAAAAACUCAAAGAGAAACGAGAUGAAUUGGAUUCGUUGAUAACCGCCAUAACAACAAAUGGGGCUCACCCUAGCAAGUGUGUAACGAUUCAAAGGACCCUCGAUGGCAGGUUGCAGGUUGCAGGUCGUAAAGGUUUUCCUCAUGUCAUCUAUGCCCGCAUCUGGCGUUGGCCCGAUUUGCAUAAAAACGAAUUGAAACACGUCAAAUACUGUUCAUAUGCGUUCGAUCUCAAAUGCGAUUCAGUUUGUGUGAAUCCGUAUCAUUAUGAACGUGUUGUGUCGCCAGGAAUCGAUUUGUCCGGCUUGAGCCUGCAAUCGGGUCCUAGUCGAAUUGUCAAAGACGAAUACUCGGCUGGUCCAGUGGUAGGCGGUGGUGGUGGAAUGGACAUCGAUGGCAACGACAUUGGUACAAUACAACAUCAUCCGUCACCAUUGGGCCCCCAAGGCUAUGGCUAUCCACAGGGAUCCGUGCCUGAUCCAAGUCAAAUGAGUGCAAUGUUCUCGGGACGAACUAUACCAAAAAUUGAACCGACCGAGGGUCCGCGGAGUCCAUGGAUGGCUCCACCACCUCGGUUGGCACCGCAUCCGCUCUCGGUUUCACACGUAAUGCCUUUGCAAGGUCAAGGGUCAAUAAACCCUGCCUCUGUGAUGCCUCCACCGCCGCCUCAAGCACAAUCAACGCAAUCCACACAGUCGUCUCUGCAGGUGAGUUUGUCCGGUGGCGGAGGCGGCGGCGGUGGUGGUGUCGCCUCUGACGGCUCCAGCCAUCUGGGGCAAACAUCACCCACAGAAUCGAGCCAGCAAUCACAAAGUAGUGGUGGCAGUGGUGGCGGUGGAGGCAGCAGUUCCUCUGUUGGUUCCGGACAGGGAUCCUACUAUGGACAAACGGGCUCAUCACAAAUGCCAAAUGCCGAAGGGAAAUUUGGGUCGUCGCUAAAUAAUGUUGGCGCUCCUUCAGGCUCGCCUCACAUGCAACAAAACGGUUAUGUGACAAUGGCUAGUCAACAGCCGAACACACUGCAGACGCAGACAUACACGCAACCGCCGCCGCCACAGGGUGUUGGCGGGGUUGUUGCAGCUGCUGCUGCACAAGGAACCUGGACAGGGUCUAGUACACUCACGUAUACACAGUCAAUGCAACCUCCGGAUGUGCGAUCACACCAUGGAGGCUAUUGGAAUGCACCCAUUUCGGGUGAUAUGACUGGACAACCAAGGUUGUUGUCUCGUCAGCCAGCUCCUGAAUACUGGUGUUCUAUUGCGUACUUCGAAUUAGACACUCAGGUUGGAGAAACCUUCAAAGUGCCCUCAUCGAAGCCUAAUGUUAUCAUCGAUGGCUAUGUGGAUCCUUCAGGUGGGAAUAGGUUCUGCUUAGGAGCUUUAAGUAAUGUUCAUAGAACGGAGCAGAGUGAGAGGGCUCGAUUACACAUCGGCAAAGGUGUGCAGCUAGAUUUGCGUGGCGAAGGGGACGUUUGGUUAAGAUGUCUGAGUGAUAAUUCGGUAUUUGUUCAAAGCUACUACCUGGACAGAGAAGCCGGACGAACUCCUGGCGACGCAGUCCACAAAAUAUAUCCUGCAGCUUAUAUAAAAGUAUUCGACCUGCGACAGUGCCAUCAACAAAUGCAUUCACUUGCAACAAAUGCUCAAGCAGCUGCUGCAGCACAAGCAGCAGCCGUAGCUGGAUUACCUAGUACACAGCUUGGUGGAGCACCAAGAGGUAUUACAGCGGCCGCAGGCAUUGGUGUCGAUGACUUGCGUCGCUUAUGUAUUCUACGUUUAAGUUUCGUCAAAGGCUGGGGACCUGAUUAUCCACGACAAUCGAUCAAAGAGACUCCUUGCUGGGUGGAAGUGCAUUUACAUCGCGCCCUACAGCUGCUCGAUGAAGUCUUGCAUGCAAUGCCUAUCGAUGGCCCGCGAGCAAUUUCAUAAAUCCCCUAAGAGUUAUCUCUUAACAACACUCACAUCAAACAAAGAAAAAAAAGAAAACAAAUAAUAAAUAUACAAACACACACUCUCUAUUUAUUGAUUAGCUUCCUUUGUCCAAUUUAGAAUUUUUAAAUAAAACAAAAUCAAUAAAUUGGACAAAGUGAGUGAAAGUGAAAUAUUUUUGCUACAAACAAAUAAUAAAAUAAAAAACAAAUCGUUAAUUUAUAAAAAGAAAAAAAACAUUAACAAAAGUAUUCGUUAAAUCGAUAAACAAAAGUCAAAUAUGCAAAAUUGCUUAUUUUAUGUAAUUUUUAAAUCGACAAAGACAAACAAUAAUUAAAAUUGUUUAAAAAAGAUAAACUUAAUGAAAAUUUUUAUGAUUAUGAUACAAAAUUUAAAAAAAAUUAUUUAUCUCUUCUAUCGCCUUAAUGCAGCAGUUGCAAUUUUAUUUUAGUUCUUUUUUACACAUAAUUUGUUAAGCUUUGUUUCGGUUCUUUUUGUUUCUGUUAAAGGUUCAUAUGGACAAAAGAGAAAAAGAACGGGAAUGAUAUGAAAUAUUUUAGAAAUGUUUCUUUAAGAAAAAAAAACUACAUUUAUUGGCUUUUUGCUUGUUUUUUGUUUUAGUUUUUUUUUGUAUUUUGUUUUUAAUAAUAUUAAAAAAAAAUGAUAAUAACCAAAUAAGAAAAUUAAAAAAAAAAAAUUAAAAACGUUUUGUUUUCUUUUUUCGACGAAAUUUGUUUUUUUUUUCUUCUGCUUAAUUGAAAUGUUUUUCUAUCUUAAUGUGAAUUAAAAAAUCAAA